AUGGUUGUUAAUGAAACGUUUUAUACGUUGCGUGAGCGUACACGCCGUCUUACAGAGGAAUUUAAACGUCAGGGUUAUGUUGUCGUUGAAAUGUGGGAAUGUGAUUUUAUACGCGAUAAUAAAUUAACUCAACACGGAUUAAAGUUGUUACGGCAACGGGAUUUUUUUAUAAAUAUUCAUUUGAAUCCCCGUGACGCCUUGUUUGGGGGUCGAGUUUCACCGGCGGUUAUGUACGCCGAAAGUGGGGAUAAAAAAAUACGCUAUUAUGAUUUUACUUCUUUAUAUCCCUUUGUGCAGAAAAAAUAUCAAUAUCCUACACAACAUCCUACGAUUAUACGCGGUGUUGAGAAUUGUGCACGUUAUAAUAUCGAUCAUAUCUUUGGAUUAAUUAAAUGUAAAAUAUUACCGCCCACAAAUCUUUUAUUUCCCGUUUUACCAUAUCGUGCAACCAAAUUAACAUUUCCACUAUGCCGUACAUGUGCGGAUACGUUAUGUGACGCGUGUACGCAUGUGGAUGAGGAAGAACGUAUUUUAUUUGGCACAUGGACUAGUGUUGAAAUACAAACGGCUCUACAACAUGGGUAUGUUAUAAGGGAAAUUUAUGAAAUGUAUAACUAUGAACACCGUGAGAAAAUUUUCGACACUUAUGUUAAUAUGUUUAUAAAAUUAAAGCAGGAGAGUAGUGGUGUACCCCGACAUUGUUAUGAUGAUGAUACGGGUGAAAUUGAUGAUGCAAAAGUAAAUGAAUACGUUGCAGAAUAUUUAAAACAUGAAGGGGUAAAAUUGGAUGCCAAUAAAAUUACAUAUAAUCCCGGACAAAGAACGGUUAUGAAAGCAUUACUAAAUUCGUUGUGGGGUAAAUUAGCGCAGAAUGAAGAUACAGCGGUUGUGUCGUUUAUAGACGAGUUUGAAGAAUUGUUACAAUUAGUAAAUGACAAUAGUAUUGAUGUUACAUCGUUGGAUUUUAUAAGUGACGAUGUUGCACGAACAACGCAUCGAAAAACGGGGUCCCUAAUUACACUUCCAAAUAGAAAUGUAGUAAUUGCGUCGUUUGCGACGGCUUAUGCCCGUUUAGAAUUAUUUAAAAUUUUACAUUGUUUACAAGAAGACGUACUGUAUUACGAUACGGAUUCCGUAAUAUAUGUGGAGAAUGUUGCUAAGGGGCAUGUUUUAAAAACGGGUAGUUAUUUGUGGCAAUUGACGGAUGAAUUAGUUGAUAAAAAAGCAAGUGAAAAAUGGAUUGAAUUAUUUUCGGCGGCAGGACCCAAAGCGUAUUCGUACCGUACGAACGAAUAUAUUUAUACACACGAUGAUGGUGCACGUGAGAAAAAACGUGACGAAAUUACGCACGUAAAAGGAUUUACGUUGAAGGGUGAUACAAAAAAAAAAUCACAUUUGAAAGUAUUACGCAAUGUGUACGAGAUCGAAAAAAGGAAAUUUGCACACGUUACACGGAAUUUACACGCGCAAAUAAUCAAACUAUUAAUGUUCAAGAGGCUGAGAAAAAAUUUCGUUUUACAUUCGGUAAACGUAUUAUUCGUUCUGAUUUUACAACUAUUCCAUACGGUUAUAUUGAUUAAUUUAUUGUUUUGUUAUAGGGUAACAAUUUGAAAUGUUGUACAAUACCAUUUGAACACCCGUUUAUGAUGAUGGUGUGCGGGCCUUCGCAAAGUGGUAAAUCGUAUUUCAUCGAAAAUAUAAUAAAGAAUCACGAAAAAUUAAUUACGCCUCGAAUUGACAAGCUAAUUUAUCUGUAUACUGUGGACAAAUAUGACAGUAUUAAACAACACAUACGUGAUAACAAACAGACAUCGACACUUAAAACAUUUGAAUUUAUUGAUUGUAAUCAGGGCAUUCCGUCAAUGGAAAUAAUUAAAGAAAAAUUAGGCGAAAAUACAUUGCUGGUUCUCGACGAUUUGAUGGUUGUUGCCACAACUGAUACUACAAAUUUGCGACAUUUAAAUAAUAUUGCGUCGCGUGAUAGCCAUCAUUCAAAUACGUUUGUAAUUUAUGUAUGUCAAAAUUUAAAUUUUGGUUCGGGAAAAUUACGAAAUUGCCGUGUAAACAGUCAAUAUCAUAUAAUGUGUAAAAGUCUUACGGAUUGUAGAGAUGUAGAAAUGAUUGCGACCAAUAAAAAAAUAAAUCAAAAUAAAUUGCAUAAAAUUCUUGAAGAUGUUGGUAAAAAACAAUAUGGCUAUAUUGUAUUUGAUGGUUGCCCCAAGGGGUAUGAUAAUGCACGUGUGAGAACAGGAAUUUUCCCCAACGAUGAGACUGUAAUAUAUGAUGUAUAG